CACCCAUCUCCCCACAUACGUCCACUCACUAGUAUCAUUUAGUUUCCAUUGGCCCAUGACAUACCUGUCUUCCCCUGGGACUGGUUUCCUCCUGGCUCCGGGCAAUCGUCUCAGCACCACUCACUGGUUUUUCCAGUUCUGGGGGAAUUUGGGAAAGGUCUGAGACCAGCCCUGUUUCCCUUGUCAGAAGCAUCUUUGCUCAGGCAUCCAGUGACAAAUUGGUCACAAAUUGAGUCCCUCCUCGCCAAGCGUCACGCUUCGCGCUGGAGGGAGGACCGGACGACCAGAGAUCUGCAUAUGUAAAUGAGUGAUUAGUAGUAAUUACGGGCUGAGUCAGUGGCUCCACUAGAAAUAGAAUCCAGGCGUCUUGACUCAGAAACUUGGGGUUCCCCUACCGCGCAGCGGACGCCGCGUCCACUCGGCGGUCGGGACCCUUUCCGGGGUAUUCGCAGCACUAACAGGAGUUUCUUUGCUUUCUCAGCGGCACCUUCGCGCUUAGCAGCCCUGCGCGUAGCCGGACCAGGCGUGGGCGGGACGGAGGCGGAGCCGGGCCGGGUCCGGGGCGGGGCUCUGGCGUGGGCGGGGCGUUCUCGAGUUCCGGAGUCGAGUGGCUUCCCUUGGCCGGAGUGGAGAUGCAGCCGCCGCCCCGAAAAGUGAAGCCGGCCCAGGAGGUCAAGCUUCGCUUCCUGGAGCAGCUGAGCAUCCUUCAGACCCGGCAGCAGAGGGAGGCGGAUCUGCUGGAGGACAUCAGGUCCUACAGCAAGCAGAGGGCAACCAUUGAACGGGAAUAUGGACAGGCACUCCAGAAACUGGCUGGGCCAUUCCUGAAGAGGGAAGGUCACCGGAGUGGGGAGAUGGACAGCAGACCUUCUCUGGGGAGAGGCAGGAUGGUGUUUGGUGCCUGGCGCUGCCUGCUGGAUGCCACCGUGGCUGGGGGCCAAGCCCGGCUUCAGGCGUCUGACCGAUACCGUGACCUGGCAGGGGGAACAGGGCGGAGUGCCAAGGAGCAGGUGCUCAGGAAGGGAGCAGAGAACCUCCAGAGGGCGCAAGCUGAGGUGCUGCAGUCUAUCCGUGAGCUGAGCCGAAGUCGGAAGCUAUACGGCCAGCGAGAACGUGUGUGGGCCUUGGCACAGGAGAAGGCGGCUGAUGUCCAGUCUAGAUUGAACCGAAGUGACCAUGGGCUCUUCCACACUCGGACUAGUCUCCAGAAACUCAGCACCAAGCUGUCUGCCCAGUCAGCCCAGUACUCGCAGCAGCUGAGAGCAGCCCGCAAUGAGUACCUGCUCAACUUGGUGGCCACCAAUGCCCACCUUGACCACUACUACCAGGAGGAAUUGCCAGCCCUGCUCAAGGCCCUGGUCAGCGAGCUGUUGGAACACUUGAGGGACCCCCUGACCUUCCUAAGCCGCACUGAGCUGGAAGCUGCAGAGAUGGCCCUGGAGCAUGCCCGCCGUGGAGGGCAGGCAACCUCCCAGGUAAGCUGGGAGCAGGAUCUGAAGCUCUUUCUUCAGGAGCCUGGAGUAUUUUCCCCUACACCGCCUCAGGAGUUUCAGCCUGCAGGGACUGAUCAGGUGUGUGCCCUGGAGCUGGAGGAGGAUGCAGGAGGCAUGGCAGGGGACCAUAGCCUGGAGAAAGAGGUUCAGCGCUGGACGAGCCGAGCUGCCCGAGACUACAAGAUCCAGAACCAUGGGCAUCGGGUGAGCCAGGUGAAGGGGGCUGCCCGGCUGGCCCUGCUACGAGGGGCUGGCCUCGAUGUGCAGCGCUGGCUGAAGCCAGCCAUGACCCAGGCCCAGGAUGAGGUGGAGCAGGAGCGACGGCUCAGUGAGGCCCGGCUGUCCCAGAGGGACCUCUCUCCCACGGCUGAGGAUGCUGAGCUCUCUGACUUUGAGGAAUGUGAGGAGACAGGGGAGCUCUUUGAGGAGCCUGCCCCAGCAGCCUUGACCACUAGGCCCCUCCCCUGCCCCGCACAUGUGGUGUUCAGCUAUCAGGCAGGGCAUGAGGAUGAGCUGACCAUCACAGAGGGCGAGUGGCUGGAGGUCAUAGAAGAGGGAGAUGCUGAUGAAUGGGUCAAGGCUCGAAACCAGCACGGCGAGGCAGGCUUUGUCCCUGAGCGGUAUCUCAACUUCCCGGACCUCUCCUUCCCUGAGAGUGGCCACGACAGCGACAAUCCCUCAGGGGCAGAGCCCACAGCCUUCCUGGCCCGUGCUCUAUACAGCUACACAGGACAGAGUGCAGAGGAGCUGAGCUUCCCCGAGGGGGCGCUUAUCCGCCUGCUGCCCCGGGCCCAGGAUGGAGUGGAUGAUGGCUUCUGGAGGGGAGAAUUCGGGGGCCAUGUGGGGGUUUUCCCCUCCCUGCUAGUGGAGGAGCUGCUUGGCCCCCCAGCACCGCCUGAACUCUCAGACCCGGAACAGAUGCUGCCAUCCCCUUCUCCUCCUAGCUUCUCACCUCCUGUGCCCACCUCUGCCUUGGAUGGAGCCCCUGCACCUGUGCUGCCUGUGGACCAAGACCUGGACUGCCCUGGACCCCUGGACAUGAUGGUACCUCGACUCAGGCCGAUGCGUCCACCGCCUCCCCCACCAGCUAAAGCCCCGGAUCCUGGCCACCCAGAUUCUCUCACCUGAAGCCAGGGGGAUUGCUGUCCCCCCAGUGAUGCUGCUGUCCCUAUUCCUAUGAUGUCAGAGACCAACCCCUCAAUGAUCUGGAGUGACACAGCCAAAAGCUGCAGUCUCCCCCAUUUCCACUCUCACCUCCGGGGGUAGAAACUUUCCGUCUCCCCAUUUCUGGGGCUGGAACUCACUCCUUUUCCCCCAUCAUACUUCUGCUAUCUCUAGGGCUGGAACUACCCCUCUUUCUUCUGCCACCACCCCAUCUGUAGGGUGGUGAAAUAUUCUGAAAUAUCUGGGGCUGGAACCCAUCCUCCAAAGUCUUGAGUGGCUCCAGCCCAUCUGUGUCUCCACCCUGGCUCUGUGACCCACCCCACCGGGUCUGUGACCCAUGGCCACUGGGGUUGGGGGCUGGGACAGGAGCAGGCCUGUCAAAAGGAGCUGGAGCCAGUAUGCAAAACAGCUGUAAUGGUCUGAGUGGAUUUAUUGACAGUGAAUAAAGGGCACUAAGCCCAAGCCAGGGCCUGGGCCUCUUGUGCCAAGAGGGCAGGGGGCCUAAGGUGCUAUUGCUUUAAGGGCCCACCGAGGGCAGGGGCCUGCUCCCAGCUGCCACGCUCUAGCAAAUGGAGCGAGGUGAUGGGGAAGGGGUCAGGCGGCCUGUUGGCAGGCAGGGGAAGUGAAAGAGACUGAGGGAUGGGGGUGGGGAGACUUCUCCUGAGGUCCCCCAGCCUGAAACCAUGCAACUCCAGAUGGACGUAGAGCUGGUUCCUCAGCUGGGGAGCAGUGCUGUCCAGUGGAAAGGAGCUCCUUUAUGCCCACCCACCCCCUGGCCCUGCCAGCUCGUAGUCCCAUCAGCACAAUGAAGAAGGAGCCUUGGAGGAGAGGAAGGGUAACAGUGUUGCUUCCUAUUCAGGAUGUGUCUCAGCUUUUCCCCGGGGCUGCAGGACCUUCCCUGUCUCCUGGAGCACAUGCCCACUCCCCACCACUAAACCAGACUUUGUAGCAAAGGCCAUCCCUGGGAGUACAGCGAGCUAAUGGGCUUAGGUGGUGUACGUAGGGGGUGGGAGUGUAGGGGGUGGGAGAAUGAGAUUAUCUGAUUUGGGGCCCAAGCAGACUCACCUCACACACCCCCUGCUCCCCGUGGUGGGGACACCUGUGAGAGAGAAGUGGUCAACAAUGGGAGAACAGGAUGUGGGUCAUAAAAGUGCCAUCUCCCCUGCGCCCAGGGUAGGAGGCAAUAAGAGCUGAGCCCACCGUAGCCCUGCCCAUGCCUUCAUACCUGGUGAUCUGAGGUGUCCAGUUUGCUUGGCUGUCCAAUUGCCUCUCGACUGGCCAGUCCUGGGCUUGGGCCCUUCCUUCCAGCCCCUAGCAUGGGCUCUGCAGAGGCUCUAGGGUUCCCCUCAAGUGCACAAGGGACUAGGCUGCCAUCCCUGAGACCUCCGUUCUGUAUUGGGGGACUGGCGAGGCCCAGGGGCUGUGGCCUCUCAGGGGGCACACUCUCAGUGGCAGGUAUCCCUGCCCUGGGCUGCCCUCCCGCAGACCCCUGACUACCCCCUGUGUCCUGCCCUCCACCAGACCCCCAGCUCCUGUCCGUGGGAGAGCCAUCACGAUGCUCAUGUAGUCCAUAGCGUUUCUCAAUGUGUGUCACCCGGAACCUGGGAAGGGAGGGAACACUGGGGCUUACUACCACAACUCAGAGACUGCUCGGCUUCCCCUCAACCAGGGACAUCCUGGGUUUCAUGGCCACUUCCCUCUGGCCUAGGGGGAGGGGGGAGACCUCCCCAGAUUAUGGGGCACAUUGUACAGCCUGACUUCUGCUGUAGCUCACAGUCUAGGAGAACAGAGCUGGGGCCCACCUUUGGAGUCAGGCGCCUGAUCACGGGGCUCCCACCUCAAACUCCCUCUUUCUGGGGCUUUCUAUCCCCACCUGCCCACAGAGAACACGGUGGUCUCUCCAGGCCGGGGGCGGCUCUUUCCUUCCUUGGAGCGUCCCUGGCGGACAAGUGGGGGCCUCUUGUUGCGGCUGCAGUGGAUGCAAGGGGCUGCAGAGCCCAGAUGCACUGUGUGAUGAUGGGAAGGGGCUCCAUCUUGCAGGCUGGAGGUAACAUCCACACUGGACAAUAGGGAAGAAGGGAGCAGGAGUGACAUUACCAUUUCCUUUCCUUUUCCAUUUGCUCCUGUUCUUUCAGCUUCUUAAACCCCCAGAUGCCCCACUUUCCCCAGGCCCCAGCAUUCUUGUAUUUAUCUAAUAAACACAAUAUUAAGA